AUGGCGGACCCACUGCAAGUGUUGCGUGAAUACGCGCAAGGGCGGCGCACCUUCAAGGAGAUUGUUCAGGAAUUCGAACCGGAGCGCAAACGCGCCAAGCUCGACCCCAGCGCCGAGGCAACAGUGCAACGAGAGGCCGGAUCUGCGACGCCUGCCGUUGAUGAGUCGAAUCUGCGCGCGCUCAGCGAUAACUUGACGGCCGACAAGAUCGCCGCCCUCCGAAAGAAGAAGGCCAACCAUCAGAAGCGCACCACGGUCCUCGAUGAUAUGGACAUCACAACCGGCGAGGCCAAAGUGGAACGCGUCUGGCACACGCGAAGCAACUGCAUGGAGAGCUUGGCCAGGGGCAGCAAUUUCUCCUUCGUCCUCCAGAUGAUCCAGGGCUUGAAGACCCGCGAAGAGACGGAGGCACGCAACAAGGCACUCGGCGGCCAGCAGCAAAAGAUGGACCCGAAUCGGGGGAAGAAGAACCAGCUCGGCUAUUCCCGUUACGACCAGGAGCAGUUUGACAAGAACGACCACGACUUCGGCGCUGAGAUGACGUUCGUCGGCACCAACAUGAAAACAUCCCCCGAGAAGAGACCCUUGGCUGGAGGUCCCGCGAAUCGUGGCCCGCUCACCCAGUCACAACCAUCGGUUUCUUCAACGGACAACGGUGCCCCGAAGAAGCGGACGCAACGCACGCCGAUCAUCAUCAUCCCCGCGUCAACGAACCAGCACUCGAUCAUCUCGAUGUACAACGUCCGCGACAUCUUGCAGGAGCUCAGCUUCACCGCUGAGGACGUGCGCAAGCAGCAGGGAAAGCGGGAAAAUGAGGUAUUGAUCCAACGAAGAAAGGGCGGUCAAACAGUCCCCUACCGCGUCGUCGACACCCCACAACGGCUCACCAGCGAGGAAUGGGACCGAGUGGUCGCCGUUUUUGCAUUGGGUCCGACUUGGCAAUUCAAAGGCUGGCCCCGAUGGAACGGCAACCCCACCGAGAUCUUUAACAAUGUGGCUGGCUUCCAUCUGGCCUAUGACAACGUGCCCGUCGAGCCGAAUGUCGCCAAGUGGUCGGUAAAAGUGCUGGCCCUGUCUCGCGACAAGCGCCAUCUUGACCGUGCCCGUCUUCAGGUCUUCUGGGACCUCCUCGACCGCCACAUCGCCAAGGCCAAGCCCCAUCUCCGUUUC